AUGUCAUUGGCGGCUGAUGACAUUGACAAGUGCAACACUCAGAUAGCAGCGCUGGUUUGCUGGCUAGAAGACAAUGCCAUUUGGCUUCACCCUGCCAUCGAGCUACGCCACACGGCCGAGUCGGGAUGCGCCGCAUUUCUUCGCGAUGGCUACUCGUACAUUGAUGCCCGCACGGUAGUCGGCAUCAUACCCAAGACGAGUUGUCUGAGCGCCCGCACCUCCGCUUUAGCUACCCACCUCGCAGGGCAUUCCCCGCACCUCCUCUUCUCGGCGGAGAGUGCUAGUGGACUCACCCUAGCUCUAUGCCUCCUCUACGAGCAUAUCCUGAGCACUCAAUCUCGAUGGCAUGGAUACAUCUCGUCCCUUCCGAGAACAAGGCCGACAGCGCAAGAUGCGGGCAAAGGAAGGAUUGGGGUCUGGCUUCCGUAUGAAUGGCCGGCCACCUCUUCGGCAAGAGCUUGGCUCAAGGGGACUGAAGUCGAGCGCAUUCUACAUCGAGCCGAUGCUCGCCCCUCUCUCCCCGAUAGAGCCUCUCGUGGUCUCAGCCUGCGACACAUCAACAUCUUCUUCGAGCAUACCGCACUGCCUCUCCUCCGAAAAGCCCUCCGCUUACAUCCACUUCCCGAUGAGGGCGCCCUUCUGGACCAAUUCAUCGGCGCCUACAGUCUCGUCUCUUCUCGCGCCUUCCUCUGCGACCUGCAUCACGGCCUCGUACUUGCACCGCUGGCGGACGCUUUCAACCACAGCGAUGAGAAUGAGGUGCAGUUCGAAUGCGAAGAGGAUGUAUGCUUGCAGUGCGGCCAGCUCCCUUCAUGUGGGCACCGCGUUAGUGAGAGCGGAGCUGCGCUAGCGACGGUGGACACCAUCGACAUGACGCUUCGCGCACCAGUCAUCGCACAUGCUGAUGGGAAGCAGAGGGAAGUUUUCAACUCGUACGGACCGCUCUCCAAUGCCAGGCUUCUGACGAGCUACGGGUUUGCGCAAGAGACAGAGACGGAGUGGGAGCGAUUUGUUUGGGACUGGGAGGAUGCGAAUGAGAGGCGAGAGGUGAUGUCGGCGCUGGGCAUCGCCGAUGAGCCAGAGCGACAACGCUGGGCUGAGAUCGGUUCUGGCUGUAGCGGCGACGAUGAUCAGGAAAAGCGGGAGCUGCGAGAUGCGCUCCUUCUACCAACUACCGAUUCACAGGCGUGCGAUAAGGAAGCAAGACCACUCCACCUCCCUACACCAUCUCCCUUUUACCAUCUCGCUACCUCGGUCAAGCACGAGGGAGACGUCCUCACGCACCUCGAAGAUCUCUUUGCAUUCCCUCUGUCCGCGUCCGACGAUUUCACGCACGACGUCGACUACCCCCUCUUCGUUGACGGGAACGGCAAUGUCUCCGUCUGCCUUUGGCGAGCAGCGUGGGCAAGUGCCCAGGCGCAGGAGGCUGUGUCCCGCGACAGAGAGGAUCACAGUUUGCCAGGUGAUCUUGCUGAAGCGGAGAAGUGGUUGGCAAGCGUGCUCGCUCAACAACAACAACAUCAGCGGCCCGAUGAUCACAACAUUUCGCGCCCGCUCGUCUCGUCCCGAGUCCUCCGGGCUCUUUGCUCGCUACGCGGGCUCAUCUCGCAGCGACGCACCGACCUCGGUGUCUCCUCACCGUGUAAGGAGCAAGAAGCACUCGCACUCCUCGAUGGCGAGAGCGAUGAUGAAGCUCGCUGGCACCGCCACGAAGACGUGCGAGAUUCGACCCGGCCCGCUGUACGCUACGCAUUGCUGUGUGCUAUCCAGGAGAAUGCGGCCUUGCGUGCUGCGAUUAGCAGGAUUGACGAGGUCAUAGGUGCGAUAGAACAAGAGCAAGAGCAAUAG